CUCAUAUCUUGAAUGGCAAGUAUCAGUGUCUCAUUCAAUGCCCAAGAAUACCCUCCCACCGAUGGCGCAAUGGGCUCGUAGCAUUCAAAACUCGAGUGCUCUUCGUCCUCCAAACACAGGCCAGAUUAAAAAGAUCCGAGGCUUCAGGGGGGUCACUUCGGGAGAUCACCCAGGCCGUCCAGGGGGUGGACGCUAUGGUCAAAGUUUGACGCCAAAGCGAAGCCAUUCUCCUGUCAUGUCAUCGAAGCAUUGCCCCUUGUCUGUCCCGGGAGCUGUCAUAUCACUUCCGCGCCGCCGUUGUUCGACCGUUCGUCAACGGCCUAACUGCGUGUCUGGCCUGGUCUUGACUGCAUGGGCAUACGACAACGGGUCCCUUGUCGCAGACCCAACCUUUUUUCGGUCAUCUCUCGUCCAACUAGCAUUUUACGACCUUGUGCCGUGUAGAGAAGUGCAGGUCUGAUAUAAUCACAGCGUCCUAUGACAGAACGCUUCGUGGUUCUCUG